GCUCCUGGGUCCGAUCCGUGCGGCGGCCGCUGCCGUGCCCCGAGCUUUGGGAAGAGAGGAAUGCCCCUUCCAGCUGGCUAUAGACAGGCCCUGGCCCCCCUGAGCCACACGCUCUGAUAUCCUGUGAUGAUCACUCACUGCUUGCGUGUCCUUCCUUAGGAUGCAGCAUCAUGGUUCACGCAUUCCUCAUCCAUACGCUGCACCCUCGGCCCGGGGAAGAGGCUGGGCUCUGCCGCGUGCUGUAUUCCAGGGUCUUUGGCUCUGAGAGACUGGACCAGUCACCAGAGGAGCCCGGGCCGUAUGAUCUCGAGAAGGAGAGACUGGGCAGGAAGGAGCAGAUUUUGGCUGUGGCGAGGCAGGUGGAUUCAACAUGUAAAUUGCUGCACCAGGUAUCAGGGCGCCCUGCCUCUGACUUCCCUGUCCAGCUGCCCGACGAGCCCAUUUCCCUCCAGGAUGCCCCGUCUGGGGUGUUCCGCCUCCCUCCCGGGGAUCCUUUCUGUGAGAACAAAACGGUGCUCUGGCUGGGGGUCCUGUCUCUGGGCUUCGCUCUGGUGUGCAACCCCCAGGAGAACCUGAUGCUGGCCGAGAACACCCUGCGGCUGGUGGUAAAGUAUCUCCUGGAGCAUCUGAAGCUGCUGAACCAGGGCAGCGACGUGGUCCUCAAGGCAGACAAGACCGAGAUCAUCCUGAGCAAGUUCCUACCCCACGGGCAGUUGCUCUUCCUGAAUGAUCAGUUUGUCCAGGGACUAGAAAAGGAGCUGGGUGCCUGUCUGUCCAAGUAGAAGGCUCUUAGUGGAGUGCGCUGUCGGCUCCUCUGCUGGGCAAACCCUCACCUGGUCAGUCGGCGUGAACGCUGGGAGGGGCGGAGGGUGCACUGUCGUUUAAAGGAGACACAUCAAGGUUGAUAGCUGUGGCCCUGGUAGUUUUUACUAUCCUUGUUCUGGCCACGUAGCACGUCCCUCUGGCUGCAUCCUCCCACCGAAAUCUCCUGUCCCACGGUGGGGGCGGUGGCAGCCGUUAGAGGAUGGGGGAGAUGUGUGUGUGCGGUUGGGGGAUGUGCACUUGUCACCCACUUGAAACGAUUGCUCAGUUCCUAUUCUCAAUAAACUUGGCUUGGCUGGGAGAAACCCGCCUGCGUCAUC